AUGGUAGCCAAACAAGCUCCAAGUCAUGUCUAUUCCGUGCCAAUCAAAGGCACUGAGGAAGAAGGAUAUACUGCAGUACACAGGAAUCCCGAUUUCGUGGAUAAGUUACUCACUCAUGAAGAUUUCUUUGAUGGAAAGAUCAAGACUGGAGGAACUCCUCAAACAGGGUUUAAAGAUAUUAGAUGGUGUCAUACAGAUGUUGUGGUCUACUAUUGGAAUCAUGACGAUGCUAAUUUCUGUCCCUUAAUAGUUAGACUAAGGAAGGGAAGAUGGCCAUCUUAUUAUUAUGAAUACUACAAGAGAGAUGAUGUAAGUUCUAAGACUUGGAAAAAAUAUGGUAUAGCCAAGAAUGUAUAUAGCGGACUUACAAAGAUUGUUAAUGAUGAUGUUUUUAAAAGGGUAGUUACUCUAAACCUCAGCAAGACUAGCGGAACAUAUGCAUUUAAUGGAGAAGAAAAUUCAGAUAUUAAUAAGGAGAUUAGGAUAACUGUUUCUGAACAAAAGAAUCCUGAAGGAUUUAACAAAUAUACUCACCGUCUUGUAGGAAGUGGACCUAUGAGGAUACUUGGAACAAAACAUAAAAACAAAUUUAUCAACUUCAAAGAGUCCACUCUCACAGCUCAGUAUUAUAAUGCCCACGUCUACUACUCAAAGAAUGAUACUGGUCAUGAUAAACCCCUAAUGAUGGAACUUGGCAUCAGUAAUGACACCUACUACAGAUUAGAUGGUGAAAAGUGGAUUAGAGAUCUCAAUAUAAAGUCCGGUACUCUAAAGGGUGCACUAGAUAAAGAGAAUGGAGCACAUAUAAUAGACACUUCUAAGAAUCAGCAAUAUUCAUGUAGUUCCCCUGGUUGUGGUACUCAGAUUAAGGUAGAAUCUAGUGAUGAGAGAGACCACAAUUACACUAAGCGUAAGCAUUACAUUCAGGCAAGUGGAAAAUUUUCUGUUUCCUCUUUUGUUGGAGCUAAUGGAGAGUCUCAAACAGGUCUUUCUUCUCCAACUGAUGUAAAGGAGGUAAAUGUGUACUUCCGUGAUCUAUCCAGGGAUGAGCCACUCCUAAUUUUCUAUGAAUCUGGAGGAAACAGAAAGUGUUUUAAGAAGGUUAGAGGUAAUGAUCAUGAAUGGAAAGAAGUGACUAGAGAUGUUCCGACCAAUUCUAGUGACCAUGCUGAAAUUGAGAAGCUCCUUAUAGAGAAAUCUCAACAAGUUACCAUUAAACUUGAACAAGUAUCUUCUUCAUCUAAAACGAGCUAUAGUUCUGAUAAUGCAACUAUUGAGAUUAAGACUGAUAUUUCUAAUGCUGAGGUCAAUGGUUUUUCACGGAUUACACAUACUGCCAAAGAUAACAAGACCUUUACAGUUAAGAGCGUUACCCACAAUAGUACUCAGCUUAAUGGUAUAACCUCUGAUAAACCCAUUGAUAGCAUUACAGCAUUUUAUGCUAAUUCAGACUCCAAAGGUACUACACCACUUCUUGUUGAACUGACCGUCAAGGAAACUACUAAAACUACGCAUGAGUAUUAUAAGAGGCCUGAUAAUGGUGGAAAUAAUACAUGGACAAAAUUGCCUGGACCUGAUGGGAAAACUGAUCAACUUACUGAAGAUAAACUAAAGACUGAACUUUACAGGCUAAAGAAUAAACACAUUUCUGAGUCAUCUAAUGUAGGUAAAAUAGCUGGUAGAGUUACCGGAGGUCUCAUCGGUGUUACUAUAUGGAAAUGGCCUUCUAUCGUCUCAUUUAUAAUCACUCGUUUGUAA